AUGUGUCACACAGAAAACACCAACUUCGAUGCGUUCCGUGACUUUCUGUUUACAGCCAUCCUGGACAAGUCCUCAGAUAGGGCUGGGAAAGGUUGCAAGCGCGGCUCAGUCCGGAAAAAGACCACGCCAGCCCAACCCCCCUUGACCGAGCCAGAGCCUUCAGAGCUUGCUGAAUUUGCAGACUAUCUGGCUGCCGAGAUCUUCGCCAGCUUCCCGGAUGAGGUGCAGAGCCUAUCUCACGAUGCCCUUCAGAACGACUCAGCCCUGUCUGAUAAAUGGUCCUUGCCACUGACCAUUUCUGUUUUGGAGGAAGUCGCUGCACACAUGCCCGGUGAGGUCAACGACAGUCUGACAGCCUACGCGCUGAUUGAGCCACCAAAAUCGGAUCUCCAGACCUUUGUUGCCCCAGUGCUGUCUGCAUACAUCACAGCCGUGACCACACCGCCCCCUAAAUGGACUGAAACAAGGACGGAUGCGUGCGAGAUUUGCGGGCGCGACUGGGUGCCAAUGACCUACCAUCACCUAAUCCCGAAAGAGGUGCAUGCCAAAGUGUUGAAAAGGGGUUGGCAUGAGGAGAAACGACUGAACAGCGUUGCCUGGCUGUGCCGGGCCUGCCACAAUUUUGUGCACAGGAUGGCCUCAAACGAGGAGCUAGCCCGUGAGUGGUACACCAUCGACCUGAUCUGUUCAAGAGACGACGUUCAGAAAUGGGCUCAAUGGGUUUGCCGGGUCCGGUGGAAGAAGGCUUAA